CUGCCACCAGUCAGGGGAGUGUCGGUAGACCCAGCUCCUUUGCAGGGAACUGCAGGGAAGCAUGAAUGUCUUGUUCCCAAGAGGAAGUCAUGAAUCUUGAAAGAAGUUUCGUAAGAGGACAAUGGUGGUUAGAAAGGAACUGAAACAUAUUUGACUACAGCUGCAGGAUCUGGAUGGCUGUAGCUCCUCCGAGUUACUGUUUUGUGGCCUUCCCGCCCCGUGCUAAGGAUGGCCUGGUGGUCUUUGGGAAAAAUUCAGCGCGGCCCAGAGAUGAGGUGCAGGAGGUCCUGUACUUCUCAGCUGCUGACCACGAACCCGAGAGCAAGGUCGAGUGCACUUACAUUUCAAUCGACCAAGUUCCGAGGACCCAUGCCAUCGUGAUUAGCAGACCCGCCUGGCUCUGGGGGGCAGAAAUGGGAGCCAAUGAACAUGGAGUGUGCAUAGCCAAUGAAGCCAUCAAUGCCAGAGAACCAGCUGCCGAGACAGAAGCCUUACUGGGGAUGGAUCUGGUCAGGCUUGGUUUAGAAAGGGGGACAACAGCUAAAGAAGCCUUAGAUGUCAUCGUUUCCUUGCUGGAAGAACAUGGACAAGGUGGGAAUUAUUACGAAGAUGCACAUUCCUGCCAUAGCUUCCAAAGUGCAUAUCUGAUUGUAGACCGUGAAGAAGCCUGGGUGCUUGAGACCAUAGGGAAGUACUGGGCUGCUGAGAAGAUCACAGAGGGCGUGAAGUGUGUCUGCAACCAGCUUUCGCUCACCACCAAGAUGGACGCAGAGCACCCUGAGCUCAGGAGCUACGCUCAGAGUCAAGGCUGGUGGACGGGAGAGGACGAGUUCAAUUUCUCUGAGAUCUUCUCCCCAGCCGAUGAUCAUCUAGACUGCUGUGCAGGCAAAGACAGCCUAGACAACCAAGAAGAAAGCAUCACCGUGCAGACUAUGAUGAACGUCUUACGAGACAAAGCCAGCGGAGUCUGCAUAGACUCUGAAUCUUUUCUCACGACAGCCAGUGUGGUGUCUGUCCUGCCUCAGAACAGAAGCUCACCAUGCAUUCACUACUUCACAGGGACCCCGGAUCCUUCCAGGUCCAUAUUCAAGCCAUUCAUCUUUGUCGAUGAUGUAAAACUUGUCCCCAAAACACAGUCUCCUUGUUUUGGGGACGAUGAUCCUGCCAAAAAGGAGCCUCGGUUCCAGGAGAAACCAGACCGCCGGCACGAGCUGUACAAGGCCCACGAGUGGGCGCGCGCUGUCCUCGACAGUGACCAGGAACAAGGUCGCAAGCUGAGGAGCACCAUGCUGGAGCUGGAGAAGCAGGGCCUGGAAGCCAUGGAGGAAAUCCUGACGGGCUCUGACCCCCUGGACCCUGCCGAAGUGGGGGAUCUUUUCUAUGACUGUGUUGACACGGAGAUUAAGUUCUUUAAGUGAAAUAAGCAUUCCCGUCCCCCUUCUUAUUUAAAACUUCCCACCUUACUAAGUUACCAGCAAAACAAACCACUCUCCUGUUUGAGUAAAAUGAGAAAGUGAA